AAAAAGCCUUGGGAAGAGGAGGGGUAGGAGUAGGAGACGGGAGGAGGGGGGCAGCAACAAUCCUUUCCCCUUCCCAUAUGGUGAGAGCAGUGCCGAUAGCAUCACAUUCCGCGGAGCGUUGCCUGUCGUCCUAUGGUGAAGUGCCAUCGCUCUAAUCAAAAACAAACGGAGCCGCAGCUUUCGCUUGCGCUCAACUCAGCUCCAGUACGGAACGUCCAUCCUUGGCUGUGCGAGGUCUCCGUCUGGCCGAUAUUCGGUGGCGACGGGGCCUUGAACGAUUGAACUGUGGCUAAUUGAAGAAGCGGGAGAAGUAAAUACGAGCACACCACUCAAGACGAAGUUACUAUGGGGAAGUGCAGGGAGGCGGGAGUCUAACGUGGAUAGGGGGCACAAAUCAAAUCAAAAGAUUUACAAUUCGGAUUAUUUAUAUUUUGAACACUUCAUUUUCAGAGGGAUUUUCAUCAGAUUUUCUGGCCAUUAUCACACGCAGGAAUGAACGGAAAGGAAGCGAGGUUUUGCACGGGAUGCUGGAGGCAAAUGAUGCUGUCAAUCAUUCUGGUUCUACACCUGAUUCCCCUCUUUGUACAUGGGAACACUCUGAGGGCCAAUGUCCCUGAGUUGGACACCACAGCCAACGUGACAUCCCUGCCCAGUAAGGUCGAGGAAGCGGCCAAAGUGAAUGAUGUUGUUAUCGAGGUGACCGGGGUCAGCGCCUCAGUCAGCCCCGUCGUCACGGUGACCCAGAGGGCCGGCCGCAUGCCCCGCUCCAAAGAGGAGCAGGGCAGCGGCAUGCUGGGAGAAGGGGUGUUGCCAGCCGAGGAGGAGGUGGUGGCCCCGCCCAGGAUCAGCCCUGACUCAGCAGAGACAGAGCUCCUUCUGCCUAGCAACCCCCGUGGCACGGAGGAGAAAGAGGAUGAAGAGGAGCACACCGACCCACCGUGGCUGAACGCCAGAGACAACGUCUUCGACCUGGACCGGCACUUCCGAGAAGGAGUAGCCAAUCUGGCCACCACCACUGCCCCUCCCCCUGCCGCCGCUAACCCCUCUCGCCCGGAUGUCCUCACCGUGGACUUCUUCGACCCCGCCUCUCGCGGCCGCGGCCUGGACCUAGCCCCGCCCUCUCCCUCCUCUUUGGCCCACGAGCUCCAGGGCGGCGACCCCACUUCCUGGGCCAUGCCAGACAACUACGACUACCUCACGCCGUACGAGGAGGGUGCGUCGCCCACCCCUGAUGAGUACUCCUACGGCACCACUACCGAUACCUUGGAUGGGGAUGACGACUUGAGGCUAACUGCCGAGCCUCCAUCCCGCUCCAGGCCCAGGGCUCCCCCAGGAUCCGGCUCCUUCACCCCAGACAAGAGGCUGCCCAGUGGGGGUGCUGCUGCUGCACCAGAGGGCCCUGCGGCAGCCCCUCCAGCGUUACCCGUGGAUGGCUCAGACGGAGCCGGUGGCUGCCGCCAGGGCUACGUGAAGCAGAAUGAAACCUGCCGUUCCCCCUGCGACACACUGCCCAGCUACUGCUUCAACGGAGGCCAGUGCUACCUACUGGAUGGAAUGGGGGUCUUCUGCAGGUGUAAUGUCCAGGACUACAUCUGGCACAAGGGUUCCCGCUGUGAGUCGGUGGUGACAGAGUUCCAGGUUCUGUGUCUGACCAUCGGGGCGUCGGCCCUCAUGGUGCUGCUGCUCUUCAUGAUCACCGUCUGCUUCGCCAAGAAGCUCCACGUGCUCAAGACCGAGAACAGCAAGCUGCGCAAACGCAGCAGUAAGUACCGGCCUCCAUCGGAGCAGCACAAUGAUAAUUUCUCCCUGUCCACCAUCGCUGAGGGCUCCCACCCAAAUAAAACCAUGAGCAGAUACACCUGGGAGUGUAAGACCAAAGAGGAUCCCGACAGUGAGGAUGAUCCUAAUGCCCAGAACAAGCUGGAGGACCCCGUGAAGGCCCCGGUGCCCAAGGAGGAUGACUCCCUGAACAUCCACAACUCCCUGACCCCCAAACACGAGAACCACAAGGUACUGGGCGAGGAGAACUCCUCUGAGGUAAACUCACUGCAGAACAACAUGAUGUAGAAGCCUGGGUUGGGAUGAGAGCUCCAGUCCUGCUCUCAAUCCCAGCCACCACGCCUACAACUGCUACCACCAGCCAACCACCGUCUACAACACGGCAACACUGCCACCAAGCGGGCAACGCCGCUGGGAAAAAUAAAUAAAAGCGCACCACCCCAGCUGAAACUCCUCCCCAACCUGCCACCGCCUAUAGCGACCCCUUAUGCCCAAUCACGCUCCCCCGCCUCGCUGCCCUGCCCCUUCGUUGCUGUCACUCUGCUCCCCCUUACCCCCUGCCCGCACGCACGCACCAGAAAACACAAACAGACACACCAAAACACACAAACACACAUAUGUACAAACACACACUCACAUAUACACUCAUAAUUCCCCUGCCUGCAUUGGUGUAUUUUGUAAAAAGAAAAAAAUCAUAUGGAGUUUAAAAAAAAGAAGUUAAACAUUGUAAAAAUAUAAAAGUUACUGAGAGGUUUUGAUGUUUGUCUGACUAAUUAAGUGAGUAUGUAUAAAUAUAUGGAAAAAAUGCUUGGAUUGAUAUAAAAGAAACAACACAAUGUGUCUUCGUUUUCAUUGAUGUGAUUUCUAAUCCUUUGAUGUACUUGUUUUAUUUUGUACUUUUUGGGGAAAACAGACUUCAAAACAGAGAACAAAAUCUAACAAUUGUUGAAAUAAACCUUUUUAACAUGA